AUGCUGAACGAGUGUGAUGCAGAUGGGAUUGUUGGUACCAUAAAAGCGACACUCGCUAGAUUUAAUAUACCUCUACAAAAUUUAAUGGGCAUCGGAACAGAUAAUGCUUCCGUGAUGACCGGCGUCAAUAACGGUGUAUAUGCUAAACUGAAAAAGGAUUUGCCGAGUUUAGUUUUGGUGCGUUGCAUUUGUCACUCUCUGCAAUUGGCAGUAUCGGCAGUAACAAAGCAAUUUUUACCGAGAAAUCUCGAGUUUAUUAUUAAAGAAACAUAUGAUUGGUUCAAUCGAUCUUCGUCAAGGCAAGCGGCUUACAAAGAACUAUACAAACUUAUAAACGACGGUCAUGAUCCAUUAAAAAUUGUACAGUCUUGUCAAACUCGAUGGCUUUCUAUAGUCUGCAGUUGCACGCAUUUACGCACAAUGGUUGGAACUGAAAACACAUUUUAA